UGUACCACUGAUCUAUAUAAUGACUCUCUAUUAUAGAUCAGUGAUUUGUACACAUAGGAUCAUUGUGAACUUUUAAAUGAUGGAAAAAUAAGAAAGAAAAUAACAGUGACCUUAAUCACAAGGUGGACACUAACUUUGUCAAACAAACACAUGUCAAGCAAACAGGACAGUGUCACAGAAAGUAGGACAGAUCGAUGUGUCAUGACCCUCAAUAUAGAACAGAACAAAGGACUCACUGAACCUGUAAAGAUUAGUCAGAUUUUCAUAGAGGAGUAAAGGGUCUUCCAUCCUGUCUGAGGACAGGCAGUUUGCAGGACCCGACCCUCCCCAGGAUCAAACCUCAAGCCUGGAGGAGAGCAGCAGUGGGUCUGGCCCCUGGCAGACUGCUAGUCUAGCCGAGUCCUGGGCAUCUGUUAGCGACAUGGAGCUAGAGGUUGGAAGUCUAGAGACCAGUGAGAUGGUCCUAGUUCAAGAGGACCACAGCGAGAACCACUCCUCCACCUCUGACAUCAUCCACCUAGAGGCGGAGCUCCAUCAGAGGGCGGAGUCAGAUGAGGAGGAGGAGCUUCAGAGCAGCGUGCUGAUCAUGAUUGGCAGCGAGCUGGAAGAGAUUGGAGCACUUCCUGCAGAAUCAGAUCUCAAGCCUCCACAGACUGUGGAGCUCCUGGUGUGUGUGGAGGAGCCAGUUGUGGAGGAAGUUGAUGCAGAGGUGGCUUCUGAGCCGGUUUUCUCUCACACUCCCCUUCUGUCUGAGCCUUUAGAUUUUACGCUGGCUUCUGUUCCCAUACCUGAAAUCAUCUCACAGGUUUUAGAUCAUCUCCCACCCUCCACAGUCACACUCUCAGAGGAACCUCAUGCCUCUGAAUCAGAGUCUAUUAAUGCACCUAGUGUGUCAGCGUCAUCUUCAGAAGAGGUUGUUCCAAAGGCAGCACCCUUUGAACUCCCUGUGCUGCUGGUUGGUGGUGCCGCCCUGGUGGCAGUAGUGGGAAUACUUACAUAUACCCUGAUUAGAAAGUAGCAGGACUGCGUAUCUCUUUAAUAGUUUCAAAAUUGUACAACAAUUCAACAGAUUGUAUUAUUGUCUAUGUGAUAUAAAA